UGAGGGCGUUGGAUGUCACAGUGACCCAGAGCAGCAUCCAGGUAGCCCGCGGCCAGGCGGCCAUCUUGCCCUGCUCCUUCUCCACCAGCGCUGCCCUCAACAACCUCAACAUUAUCUGGAUGGUCAUCCCGCUGUCCAAUGCCAAUCAGCCCGAACAGGUGAUCAUUUACCAAGGUGGCCAAGUGUUCAGUCUAGCCAACCACUUGAAUGGCCGGGUGGGUUUCGUGGCCACCAUGCCCAGCACAAGUGCCUCUAUCUUCAUCAACAACACCCAGCUGUCAGACACGGGGACCUACCAGUGCCUGGUCAACAACCUCCCCGACAGAGGGGGGCGCAACAUCGGGGUCAUCGGCCUCACCGUGCUGGUGCCCCCCUCGGUGCCUGCAUGCCGUGUCCAGGGCACGCUGGACGUGGGUGCUGACAUCAUGCUGAUGUGCAGCAGCGAGGAGGGGAUCCCCACGCCCACCUAUGCCUGGGAGAAGCUGGAGUCGCUGCCCAAGCUGCCCCACACCGCCAUGCAAGACCAGAUGCAAGGGACCGUAACACUGAGGAACAUCAGUACCAGUACCUCUGGUCUGUACCAGUGUACAGCCUCCAAUGCCAUCGCCAAGAGCACCUGUCUACUCAACCUGCAGGUUGUGGCACCCCAGCCCCAGAGUGUGGGUCUCAUAGCUGGCACCAUCGCCACGGGCGUGCUGGCUGUCAUCAUCUGCUCCCUACUGGUGCUGGUGACACUCUUCUACUGGAAGAACAAGAACAAAUACGAGGAGGAGGAGAUACCCAACGAGAUCAGAGAGGACGACCUGCCCCCUAAGAGGUCGUCGUUAGUGAAAGCGUUUCACGCCGACGCCUCAUCCUCGGAGAACGACACCCUGACGUCCACCAACACCUACAACAGCCGCUAUUGGCACAACCCCAAGCCCAACUACGACACCAACUCCUACACCCGCUACAAUGGCGACACACGCCAGACGUUCCCUACGGGGCAAGCGGGUCACACAGGUCAAACGGGGGGACAUGCAGCUCACACAGGACACGGGACACUGGCUCCGCCGGGCUCCGCCCCCCUGGCAUGUCAGGCCUACUCCAAUGGUAGCCACACCCUCCCCCCGCCCAAGACUCUGGUGGUCACCACCAACUCCGCCCCCUCCCCGCCCACCAUGGUGCGCAGCAAUGGCUCGGUCAGCCUGAAGCCCGUGACGGUGGCAUCGCAUGGCGGGUACACGCACUCGUACGCCGUAAGCCAGGCCACGCUGGAGCGCAUGGGCGCCGUGCCCGUCUUGGUGCCAGCCCAGAGCAGAGCAGGCUCUCUGGUCUAAAGUAAACUCUUACUGGGUUGCACCAGCCUGCCUCCCCACUUCGUCUCUGUUUCUCCCUUUUUUUACUCAUUAAACGGCAUUUUACAUUACCGACUUCAUCUAAUGCCAACGUCUCCAUGUACAGGAUCCCGUUGGAAAGCAGCACCAGGUGUUCUAUUCCUAUUGGUUGGUUUUGUAUCUCUUCUUGGGUAUGGUUUUCUCUCACUGGUUCCUUGCAUUAAAUGGCUGUAACCAGUGGGAUUAUCGUACAAAAGUCACACAUAAUCAUCCGACGUUUCAGGUGACUGUGACUGUGCGUUUUGGACUCAUCACGACAGUGAGCAUUAACCGUUUAAUCUCUGUGUUUUAACCACACCUAGACGCUCCGAGCCCUGCAAGUCCCAUAAAGAAGCAUCCGAACGAGCAUGUACUGUAUAAUCCAUUGAAAACAAACAACCGGAUUCUUGCUAUUAUUUCAUAUCACUCAGCUAUUGCGGUGAUUAUAAUCGUUUUGUAUCUUUUUUUUUUUUUUUUAAAUGACAGAGAUGUUCUUUGAUUCACUGUAGUGGUCUUACAUGAACAGAACCAUAGUGGUGGAAAUGGCCUUAGAAGAGCAGAGAGUUACGGGGAUUUAUGGUGAAGUACCAAAUGGCAAAGACAACAGAAUGGCACAACACAGUAGGUUGAUCCUGUGACUGGACAGGGGGUUUCUGAUUCUGUCCAUUAGCUCCGACUUCAACAUGUUCAUACGUUUUGUUUUGCACGGUAACACACUUUCAUCGAAGAACUCCUCUGAAGUCAUGCCAUUACGAACAGUGUACACACAUAUAUUUCUAUGUCUUCAUUAUGGAACGGUCUUACCUAUGCACCCCCCGUUACCUCUACAGCGUUACAAAUGGGAGAGAUGGAGCCUCUCCAGCACAAACCGGUAAGGGUUCGGAAUUUACAUUGAUUAGGUCCAGUAUUGGUAACUAUGGUCUUACCUCAAGAUCCCAUUAUGCUAAAACACCUUUCCCUGAAACUUGAAUCUGCAGUUUGAGUCGUACUGACCGUGUUUUAUGGAAGUACCUGCUAUUGAUUUGUUUUAACAAAAUCCAAAUCUCACAUCAGUGCUGUUGGACAAGAAAACAUGGGGGAUAUCUUAUUUCAUACAUCCUUUAAGAAAAUGUAUAUUUAAAGGGGAUUUCCCUUGAGAAUGCUAACAAUCACUGUUUUGUACCUACUGGAAUUAUUGUAACUACUGGUAGGCUAGGUUGUGAAUUUAAGAAUAACAUUUUUUUUUUUUUUUUAUCUCCAAUGGAUGCAUAUUUUACAACUCAUGCGGCCUAAGAGGUCUAUUCAUUUCUGUUAACAGACACUAAACUGGGUUUUGUAGAAUGUUGUAUUGUGUUUGUAAAGAAGGGAUGUCGUUUUUUUUUUUUUUUUCUUUACAACUAGGUGUCCUCUGUGGGUGAAGCUGCAUGUUUGGGCAGUGCAAUUCAUACAAAAAUGACAAAGUAUCACCGAAACCCGUAUACUAAAAUGACUGUCUGCGUCUGUUGAUUGUAAUAAUGAUUUAACAUACAUUUAAUACAUACUCUACCAAUUGUUUUCCAGGGCACUUUGAUUUUUUUCACAGCUACAAAUUUAGCAUUAAAAUAAGUUAACUUAAGUAUCCCCAAUGAUAGUUGAAAAUGAAAUGAAUACCACCUGUUAAUGAAACAUCUAGGUUUGUUCUAGCAGUGUUGUAAUGUGUUGCUAUUGGAGGUAAGAACGCUUCGAGGACCAUCUUUUUUUUUAUACCUGAAACUAUCUGCUGAUUUAGGUUUUUAUAUUCAUUGGACAAAAUGAUCUGUCCUGCUCUUUGCAUUUAAAGUCUUAUUAAUAUUGAAUUUAAUCUCUCGCUCGAAAGACAAAUUGUUUUGAUAUUGUGUGUUAUUACAUUUAAAAAAUUGUACUAUUAAUUUUAACCAAAAGAAAACCCCACUUACUCCUUGAGGGAAAAAAAACGUCUCUUGUAUUUGGGGUCAGUAAUCUUUCUCAUUCAGUCUCUACAUAUAUUGCACCCAAUAAUAGCUGUGGUCUCCACAGUAUGAAUUUGGCCAUUCAAUGUGCUCAAGUUAAGUGUUAUUGAAGUUAAUUGAAAUAUGCUCCAGUAAGAAGCCAUUAGACGUAUUCAAUUAAACCUCCUCAAGUAAAGCAAUAUGGAUGGUGAGCAGAACUUUCUGUCCUGAAGCAAUAAAGACCAACCAGGUGAAGCACAUUAGGAGGACUGUUGAUGUGAAAGAUAGACCUUUAUCAAACUGUUCCUUUUCAGUCACUCACUCAGCUCAUUGGCUUAUGUGUUGUCUCAUUCCCUCCAUCAGGGAACCAAGAUUAUAUUCAUAACUUAAUCAUGCGGCCAUGAGACUAAAACACUGUUCAGUAUUAUCAGGUAAUGCACACAACUUUGGAGAGUAUUCUUUGAGUUUGUUUGGUGUUCAGAGACUUGUUUCAACGUCAGAGUGCAUCCAUAUGAUUUAUGUAUGUACUCUUUUAUGUACAGUGCCUUCAGAAAGUAUGCAUACUCCUCGACUUGUUACGCGUGUUGUGUUUCAGCCUGAAUUGAUUGAAAAUUAAAUACAGAAAUAUCUAUUUACAUAAGUAUUCACAGCCCUGAGUCAAUACAUGUUAGAAUCACCUUUGGCAGUGAUUACAGCUGUCAGUCUUCAAGAGCUUUGCACACCAGGAUUGUUCAAUAUUUGCCCAUUAUUCUAUUGAAAAUUCUUCCAGCUCUGUCAAGUUGGUUAUUGAUCAUUGCUACACAGCCAUUUUCAAGUUUUGCCAUAGAUUUUCAAGCAGAUUUAAGUCAGAACUGUAACUCGACCACUCAGGAACAUUCACUGACUUCUUGGUAAGCAACUCCAGUGUAGAUUUCUGGCCUUGUGUUUUAAGUUAUUGUCCUGCUGAAAGGUGAAUUAUUCUCCCAGUGUCUGGUGGAAAGACUGAACCAGGUUUUCCUCUAGAAUUUUGCCUGUGCUUGGCUCCAUUCCAUGUAUUUUUUUAUCCUGAGAAACUCCCUAGCCCUUAAUGAUUACAAGCAUACCCAUAACAUGAUGCAGCCACCACUAUGCUUGAAAAUAAUAUGUUGUAUUGGAUUUGCCCCAAACAUAACACUUUGUAUUCAGUAUAAAAAAGUUAAUUGCUUUGCCACGUUGCAGUAUUAAUUUAGUGCUUUGUUGCAAACAGGAUGCAUGUUUGGAAUAUUUGUAUUCUGUACAGGCUUCCUUCUUUUCACUCUGCCAAUUAGGUUAGUAUUGUGGAGUAACUACAAUGUUGUUGAUCCAUCCUCAGUUUUCUCCUAUCACAGCCAUUAAACUCUGUAACUGCUUUAAAGUCACCAUUGGCCUCAUUGGGAAAGCCCUGAGCGGUUUCCUUCCUCUUCGGCAACUGAGUUGAGAAGGACACAUGUCUUUGCAGUGACUGGGGUGUAAUUGAUACACCAUCCAAAGUGUAAUUAAUAAUUUCACAAUGCUCAAAGGGAUAUUCAAGGUCAGCUUCUUUUUUUUAUACCCAUCUACCAAUAGUUGCCCUUCUUUGCGAGGCAUUGGGAAACCUUCCCGGUCUUUGUGCUUGAAACAUUUUUAAAUUGACUGCUCGACUGAGGGACCUUACAGAUAAUUGUAUGUGUGGGGUACAGAGAUGAGGUAGUUCAAAAAUAAUGUUAAACACUAUUAUUGCACUCAGAGGGAGUCCAUGCAACUUAUUAUGUGACUUGUUGAGCACAUUUUUACUCCUGAACUUAAUUAGGCUUGUCAUAACAAAGGGGUUGAAUACUUAUUGACUCAAGACAUUUCAGCUUUUCAGUUAUAAAUCAUUUUUUAAAAUGUUGAAAAACAGAAUUCCACUUUGUGGGGUAUUGUGUGUAGGCCAAUACCAAAAAAAAUAAAUUUUAAAUUCAGGCUGUAACACAACAAAAUGUGGAAAAAGUCAAGGGGUGUGAAUACUUUCUGAAGGCACUGUGUAUGUACUCUGCUGAUAACCCCGGGGUUGUUCACUAGCUUGUUGUGUCUGGUCACAGACAAGCACUCAACUGAUCUUUAACAAUUAUUAAAGAGCCACAGGUUCAGGUCAGAUGAGGUGAGCGCAUCUGUUUCCUCUGUUAGACAUCUCUUGGGGCGAAUCCUAACUUCCACUUACAUGUUUACUUAGUCAUGCAUUGAUGUCAAUGUGAGACAGAGUGAAAAUUCAACUUAAAAGUUAGGAUUUGUCCCAUAAUGACCCUGGCCCGAAACGCAACUGCUUGAACUAGAAAUAGAGAGGAGGGAUAACCACAAAACCCAGACAAGUGAUGGUGCAUUGUCUACUGUGGCCAUAAGUUCAUCAGGUUGUGCUUAUAUAGAUAUAUUGCCAAUAGUAAACAUUGUAUAUAUGUAAAAUAUGUAUUGUACUUAACAGUUUGAUUGAUAUGAAAUAUGACAUUAACACUGGAAGUUGUAGUGAAUAAAUACUGUUAAUACA